CACACAUUCAUUAAUGUCAACACUAUCUUCCGAUGAAGAAGCCGGCGGCGGACAUCAUGAGUUUGAAGGGCCUUCCUCUUCUCGCCGGAGAACGAUGCCGGUGGUGGUGACGUGGCACCCGGCCGGGAUUUGGCCGGCGCCGUUUGUGGAAGCUCUUGCCUUUCGGGUCGCCGUGGAUGCCUCUCGUACUUCCGGCCGCCUUGCCGCCGCCCAAGCACUUUUCAAUAUUUUUCAAGUUUGUUCCACAUGGCGAGCAAUAUCGAAUUCGGAGCUCCUGUGGUACAACCUCUCCCGCCACAUUUGGGUUUCGGCCGACCUCGGCCGUCACCCCACGUGGCGGGACGAGUACAUCCACCGCCACCGUACCGCCGCCAAUUUCCACCUUUGUCGCCAUUCGCACGCCGCUCUCAACCUCCUCCCAGACGUGGGCCCCGUUGGCCGGCAGCCGUCCUGUCGGCGCCUGGCGCUCUCCGACCUCCACUUGGCCAUCGGCUUCUCCGACGGUGGGGUCCACAUCUUCCGCCUCCCAGACGGGCCCCACCUCGUCUCGGUGCUCUACCCACAGGGACACGACCGCCACAUGGGCCGAUUCUCGAGCUCUGUGUCCGGCAUCAUCUUGACUGAUGCUCGGCUCGUGUUCGCCACCCUAGACGGGGACGUGCACGUGUCGAGCCUCGAUGGUCCGAGCUUUCUACGACGGGCCCGAACGGGGGACGUCGUGAGCGACGGAGCGUUGAUCGACUUUUCGGGGAGGGGCCGGUGGUGGGUCGGCCUCUAUGCAGAGCUACUCUUUGUGGGCGGAACCCUAACAGACCCAGAGGCCUUGACAGGUUGGCACUCCCUGACGGAAAUGACCGACCCAAUCGGUAGCGUCCGUGUCACGGCCCAAGGACACGCAGUUGCAUGCACGUCACACAGAGUCAUCGCGUUCGACUUGCAAAACCAAGUAGCCACCGUCUCGGGUGACGAGCUGUCGAGGAGGGGCAUCGUUGUCGGCUCAUUCGACUCGAAUCACGAUUCUGUGCUCGUGGCCGAUGGCCGUGGUAGGGCCCACAUUCGUCGGGUGGUCGACUUGGGUGAGGUCAGUCGGUUUGCGGUUAGACGCGGGUCGGGUCGGAUGGGAAAAGUUCUCGGGUGCAUGAACGGCGGGUGUGCUGUGUUAUCGGUUGGUGGUGUGAUUAGGGUUUGGGGAAUAGAGAGUGGAGAGUAUUUGUAUAGUUUUAGAGAGAGGAUGGAGGAGUGCAGUGCCAUUGUUGCCAACGAGACGCGUGUGGUUGCGUGCUCGUCGGAUGGGAUC